GUGGAGGGCAUCGUUGCUUCAAAACAAAACAGGGGCGGAACUUCCGGAUUUAGAAAAGUUUUAAACAGUUCUGAGAAAAUAAACAUGUAAAUAACGGGCUGAGCCGUGCGGAGAGUGGGAGGGAGAAGUGACAGCGCGCACGGACGGACCAACGUAGAGACGGAACGGUGGACGAUGUUCACAGUUUAACGGUGGUAACAACGGUACAAACAGCGGUCCCGGACUGGCGAGACUGCUGCUAAGAGAUCCGCCCAGCGCGCGAAACGUGGUAUGCCUCGAACAGAUACCCUGCCGUAGGCGCACGUCCCAUCUCCAAAAAGGACUUUCACAACAACAGCGCACGUAAACGGAUGUUUCAGAUGUUUUAAGUUCGAUUAGCAAAAACUCUCCCGUUCGGUGAGCAGAUGGUUAUUAAGGUUAACCCCGUCAUAGUUUAACCGUUUAAAAAGUUUUGGCACCUCAGUAUUCUGGGUUGGCGCAGAGACGGCUGCAGCGGGCUCGAUCACCGAUGACGCGACAGGAGAGCGCAUAGAGACUUCGUUGUGUGCUGUGUGUGUGACGUCACCCAGAGAGAAAUUAAUUUGAAACUCCGAAAAGUGUGAUUAAAAAUCUUGUAUUAGCUGAGCACGCAGACGCCCGCCUUACUGGAGGGACACGUGCUACUCUGCAUGACGCAAAGCUUUAGUCUGCUCUCCAUGAACGGUUAUUACGCUGUGUGUGCGUGUAAGAGAGAGAGAGAGAUAAGGUGAGAGAAACAGUUAAUUGAACAAGCUAUAGAAAUGUAUCCUUCCUUUCUGACUGUAUGUGUGAGAGAGAGUGUGUGAGGGAGAGUGUGUUUGUGUGAGAACAUUAAAGAGAGAAACAUUAGUGCACUAGAGCAGUCUGGUAGACGAGCAGUCUGGUAGACGAGCAGUCUGGUAGACGAGCAGUCUGGUAGACGAGCAGUCUGGUAGACGAGCAGUCUGGUAGACGAGCAGUCUGGUAGACGAGCAGUCUGGUAGACGAGCAGUCUGGUAGACGAGCAGUCUGGUAGACGAGCAGUCUGGUAGACGAGCAGUCUGGUAGCAGACAGAUGUGUGUGAACCUGGGUUGCAGAACCAGUAUUACUCACACACAGACUCAACGUGCACUCACACACACUCACCAGGUUGAGCAAUAGUUGUUACUGUACCACUCCCUCUGUACAAGCUGCAUCUGCUGAGGAGAGGGAGGGAGAGAGGGAGUGUUUGAGUUUGGUUGUGUUGGUGUGUGUGAGAGCUUGGUUGUGUUGGUAUGUGAGUUUGGUUGUGUUGGUGUAUGUGAGAGAUUGGUUGUGUUGGUCUGUGUGUGAGUUUGGUUAAGGUUAGGGGUUAGUGUGUGUGUGUGUGUGAAGAUGAGUGUGGGGAAGAAGAGGAGUGGUUUCCAGAUCACCAGCGUAACGUUAGAUUACCCUGGAGAGGCCACGCCCCCUGCCCAACCAGCCAGCCAAUCUGCUCCAGUGGACUCCUCCCCAUCCCAGCAGGGCAGCUUCUCCCAGCCAUCCACGCCCCUCUCACCAAGAAAAUACAACUCCCAGGAUGCACCAGUGCAGGGGGCGGGCUCUCCCCACAGCUCCAGGUUCCGAGUGGUGAGAUUGGCCCAGGGGCGGGACGAGCCGUAUCGCCGGGGAAGAUGGACCUGCACAGACUUCCUGGAAAGGGAGGAAGGAGCGGGGCUUAGGCGGGUGAUGGACAGCUUGAGACAGGCCCACUCUCUAGAGUCCCUGGAGACAAUUGGUCUAGGGGGGGUGGGGGGCGGGGCCUUGCAGACUCACGUGCGCGCUCUUAGGGCGGGGAAUCUCGUGCACUCUCAGGGCACCUCCCACCUUCUGGCCCAGCCAUUGGCAGGCCAGGGGGAGGGGUUAGUGGGAGUGAGGCCCCUCCUCCUCCACAGUGGGCCCCCCUCCCCUACCCGCCAUGCCCCCCCGCCCAGCCCCCGCCUCCGCUACCUGCCCCCCCCUCUACGCCUGGAGGUGGACGCUGCCGGGAGGUCUUUAUUGAGGGGGUCCCUCUCCCAGCCCAGCUCUCCUGGAGCCAGAGAUGGAGUGUUCCAGUCCAGCCUGACUCCCACCUCUACGCCCUCAGCCUUCAGCCUGGCCCAGUCCAUCUUCUCCCCAGGGGGGCCCUUCCACUUGGCAGGGGACGACAGUGGUUCCAGUAGCAGCAUGGUCGCCAUCGACAACAAAAUUGAGCAAGCCAUGGACCUGGUGAAGACUCACCUGAUGCUGGCAGUGAGGGAGGAAGUGGAGCUGCUUAGAGGACAGAUCUCCGAGCUGACCGAGAGGAACGCUCAGCUGGAGAGAGAGAACUACAUCCUGAGAGCCCUGAGAGACCGAGAUUAACACACACACCAUACACACACACCAUACACACACCAUACACACACACACCAUACAUGCACACACCAUACACACACAUCAUACACACACACACACUAUACACACACCCCAAACACACACUUCAUACACAUACACAUCAUACACACCCACACAAACCAUACGUACACCACACACAUGCUACUAACACACCCAGAGGACUCAGCAUCUCAUGGACUGUUUCUCUGGUUCUCUGUAGCAAUUCUGUAACCAUACAUGAUGAUGAUGAAGAAGAUUGUUAAAGUCUAAUAAAUUAUAAUAUUUACUAUGCA